CCUCGGCCGCUCCCUGCUCCCGUCGCUGCCGCCGUGAAUCCUUGAGCCACCUCGUCUCUGGUUCCCUGGAGGCCACAGAUCUCUAGGCUCUAGAGUCUGCCCUCUUCCUCCCCUUCAAGCCUCGAGCUGUCUCCUGAGCCUUGAACUCAGCCUUCAGCCAUGGCAUGCCCUCUGGAUCAGGCUAUUGGCCUCCUGGUGGCCAUCUUCCACAAGUACUCCGGCCGGGAGGGUGACAAAAACACCCUGAGCAAGAGUGAGCUGAAGGAGCUGAUCCAGAAGGAACUCACCAUUGGGGCGAAGCUGCAGGAUGCUGAAAUCGCAAAGCUGAUGGAUGACCUGGACCGGAACAAGGACCAGGUGGUGAACUUCCAAGAAUAUGUCACCUUCCUGGGGGCCUUGGCUAUGAUCUACAACGAUGUCCUCCGGGGCUGAACAUAAAUUGAGACGGUGGAGACACCCUUUAGCUGGCCUGUUGAUCUAGUGGUGGGUAACUGUACAAUAAAUUUUUUUUGUUGUUAAAUCUA